ACGAAAAGAUAUUUACCGGAACUGCAUUUUGUUUUCUUUUUAUAAUAAUUCAAAUAAUCAACAAUAAUUUAUCAUGUUUCAAAAGAUUCGUUUGGGUAUUUUGAUUCCGCUCUCAAGAAAUAUGGCUGGGCAUAGUAAAUGGGCCAACAUCAAACAUGUGAAGGGUGCAAAGGAUGCUGAAAGAGCAACUUUACAUCUAAGAAUUUUUCGUCAAAUUAGGGCAGCUAUUAAAGAACAUGGCUCGGCAGAUCCAAAACAAAAUAUAAAACUUAGUCAUCUUGUAGAUCAAGCAAGGCAUCAUAAUGUGCCCUCUGAAAAGUUGAAACAUAUUCUAAAGAAUGCUGAUCAGUCUACUGAGGAUUUAAAACCUUAUGUUUUGGAAGUAAGAGGACCAGUGGGAACCUUUUUCGUGGUAGAAGUUCUCACUCCUAGUUAUUUGAAAGCAAGACAAGGCAUCAAUACAAUCAACAGAAAAUUCAAUGCAUCAUGGGCAGAAGGAGUUUCAAACAAUCUGUUUAACCAUCAAGGAUUAAUCAAGGUGUCACCAUUAUCUAUUGGCCAAACUAUUGAGCAAGUACUUGACGAUGCUAUUAACGUCGGGGCGGAAGAUGUAACAGCUGAUGAAGAUGGCAAGUUUGUCUUCACAUGCAGCCCAAGGGAUUUUUUGAAUGUUAAGAGAUCUGUUAGUCAGCUUGGCUAUAGCAUAAUAGAAUCUGACUUGCUCUAUAUCCCACGAAAUAGAGUUCAGAUUGAAUCCGAAGAAGACUUAGCAUUAGUUUCUAAGCUCUAUAGUAAAUUGGAAGAAGAGCCUGAUGUUGUUAAAAUUCAUGAUAACAUUGAAUGAGAUAUUUAAUACUUAUUGUAAAUUCUUAUAUUUUGCGAUUUGAAUAAAUUAAUGCGAAGUGCAAUUGAGUAUGCGUCCGAAUUACUUUACAUUUAUCACAUCCACCCAAGCGCCACGUACUAGCGGGUUUCAAGAAAUUAUGUCAAUUAAUGCAGAGGAAACUUAAACCUUAUAAAAGAAUGAAUCGUUCAAGUCAAACUAGAACAUUAAAAGAAUAAGUUGAGCACGAAUAAUUCCGUUAAUCGUCAGUUUAUUACAGUUCAUAAAAGUAUCCGCGGUACACGAGUCAAAGCUCACCAUGUAAUAACAUUCAUCAACUGAAAACAGAACUGGAU